AUGGAUAUUAAUAGUGAUGAUGAUGAUACUGAUGGUGAUGAUGAAGGUGAUGAUAACGACGAAUAUGAUGAUGGCGGCGGCGGCGGUGGUGGUGAUGAUGAUGACGAUGAUACGACGGCGACGAUGACGGUGGUGGUGGUGGUGGGGAUUCUGGUGGUAGUGGUGGUGGUGGCGGUGGCGGUGGUGGUGGUGAGGAUUUACAGGGCCAUGGUUGUUACGGCCAUGUUUAUCAGCAUGUGUCGGUUGUUAUGGUCAUGUUUAUCGGCAAGUGUCGAGGACUGGCUGGACCAGUGCUUUGACAGCAGUAAAUCGCCGGAGGAUAUGGAAGAGGAGAAGUACCAACCGACUUUCACGGAGGUGGACGAACUUAGUACAGUUGACCUGAAGAGACGGAAAGCGUCCAGACCACAUUCCACACCGCUGACGCUUAAAUGGCUGGAGGAGAACUACGAACUGGCUGAGGGGGUAUGCAUUCCACGCAGUACUCUGUAUUACCACUACCUGGAUUACUGUGAGCGCAACGACACGCAACCUGUCAACGCGGCGAGCUUUGGAAAGAUAAUUCGUCAGCAAUUCCCACAAAUAACAACUCGCAGGCUUGGCACACGAGGGCAAUCAAAAUAUCAUUAUUACGGGAUAGGAGUCAGAGAAUCGUCCCCAUAUUACGACCUGGUAUAUUCGGCUAAAGGAGCCCAACUAUCUUGUGAUGGUAAAAAGGACCCCGUAAAACAGAUUGUGGCCUAUUCUCCACGCUCGAAGCUAGGGACACUUCUUCCAGAUUUCCCGGAACUGAAAGACAUCAAACUUCCAGCUAACAUAGAAGAGUCUAAGGUGGUCACUUUCCUGAUGAUGUACCGUGCCCACUGCCAGAGAAUUCUCGACACUGUCAUUAGGGCCAACUUUGACGAGGUGCAGAGCUUCUUGCUUCACUUCUGGCAAGGCAUGCCCCAGCACAUUAUCCCCAUCCUGGACAGUCAGACGAUUGCCACCCUUGUCGGGGUCUGCGACUCGGUUUUGUACAAAGCCAUCGCGUCUGUUCUCAUGCCCACGGUAUUCCAGCCUCUACCAGACAGUUUAACCCAAGUUAUUAGACGAUUUGCAAAGCAGUUAGACGAAUGGCUGAGAACAGCUUUACAAGGGCUUCCAGCAAAACUCAUAAAAAUCAAGUUUGACCUUGCUCGUCGCUUCGCCCAAGUACUUCGUCGUCAGACAUCAUUAAACCAUCUAUGUGUCGCUGCCCGUUCAGUCAUCCAUAAUGCGGAAAUUACGUCACAGAUGCUUGACGACUGGUUGAAUAUUGACCUAUCAAGUAUCGUUAAACAGACUCUUUACACCAUGGACCAGUACAGCGAAAAGGACCAUCAAAUAAUAUUUAACUUAUGUAAAGAGCUGGAGCAGCUGUUUGAAGACCAAGCACCCAUCGAGUCGUACAUCGCAUGGCUGGACUCUAUGGUAGACCGAUGUGUAGCCAGUCCCAGCAAUAGACGACCUGGUAUCUUACGCAAACUGGCUCGGCAGUUUCUUUUAAUGUGGUCGUGUUUCGGUACCCGAGUCAUACGCGAUAUGACCUUAUACAGUGCCCCCAGUUUCGGCUCAUUUCACCUGCUUCACCUUAUGUUUGAUGAGUACGUCCUGUACCUGGUGGAAAAUCUCCAUAGUCAGGAGAGGACACGGGAGUACCUUGCCGUCAUCAAAGGGGAGGUUACAGACGCAAGUGACGAAGUCGUUCUGCCUAACCCCGUACUAAGCAAAGAUUCCUUUGGAGUGAAGACGUCACUGAGCCUGGACACGGGCACGGACAGGGUGUGUAUGGAGAGAUCUACGGUGAUCACCAAUGGACGGGACCAUCCUCUGUCAGGUGCGAGUUUUGCCCCGAUGUGCCCGACUCGGUUUGAUGAUGUUUACUCUAACAACAGUUCCCCCAAGUCAUCUGUGUCCAGCUAUUCUCCUGAGGCCACUCCUAAUACGGACUUUGGUCAGCCUCCAGUGCUCAAUGACCACAAGGCUGGACACGGGUCAUGCGAGCAGCGAUUUGACAACUACGGAUACUCUUAUUUUGGCGGAGUCACUUCCGGACCACAGGACUGCCAGGCCGGCUAUACAUAUGCAUUUCCGAUUAAUACACCACAGUACAGUUCAGGCGGUAGCAGUGAUGGGAGAACGACAGUAUCCACGACCAGUGCUGAAUGGGCCUCCGAAAUCCCAAGGUACUGUUCAUCAGCACAGACUGAGCAGUCCAGGUCAGAGAUGGGCUCGACAUCCUCGUGCUUGUCUCCCGGAAGUUCAGACUUCAACUACCCAGUCUACGACUAUGGCUCUUACCCUGGACAGCAUUAUCCUUUACACACACAGAAUGGACACGCGAGCGGUUACCAAGGUUUCGGCGGCCCAGUUGUGGACUGUCAUCAGUUUGCCAUCUCUCAGGAUAACCAGAAAAGGAAACAGUCAGUGAGCGAAGCAGUCAGCUCAGCCACCGCUUCUUAUAAAAGACAUAAAACCAGUGAUGACGUAUUUGAUUACAUUCCAUCAGUAACGUAUACGUGA